AAAAAAAAUAAAUAAAUAAAACAAGCAUUUACAUUUGUGUUUUUGAAAUAUUUAUUUAUUGUUAGAGAGAAAUAUCCAGUGCAUUUAAGUUGUAUUACGAAUUUUUUGAACGUGAAUAAUUAGUUUUUAUUGAGAAAAGAAAACAACAACAACAAACAAAAGUUUCCAUUUCAUUUAGAACAACAAAGUGUCAAUCAAAAAAAUUUGUUGUGUUUUGAAAUAACACAAAGGCGAAUAACUCACAAAAACUUGUCAAUUUAGACAAGUUUAAAAUCAAAUUUUUGCAAAAAAAAAAGAAACGAAAUAUAGUUUUUGGUGUAUUUGACACUAAAUACCGUUACCAAGAACCAUCCGGAUAUCAAAAAAUGUCCAUGAAUAUGAAAAUGAUGAUUAUGGGAGUAUUUCUUUUGGCAGCUGUUUUAAAAACCAAAGCUGCCGACCCCAAUCCCAGCAAUCGCCUACAGUGCUGGCAUUGUAGCUCCGACACAAUUGGCUCUGAGGACUUUUGUGGUGAAGUUUUCAACGAAGACAACAUACCUGUAGAUUUGCUCAAGGAACGCAAUCUAAGCGUGUUGCGUGCCUGUAAUAGCAGCAUUAAAUCGGAGCAUGAAAGGCCAGUUUGUCGUAAAACCGUGGAAGAAGUUAAUGGCCAGACGAUAGUAAAACGCUUCUGUUACUAUACCAACAAAUCGGAUACUUUGAAUCAUUGCAUGGAUGAUCCCACCGAGAAAAAUGUCCAUCGCAUUUUCUGUGAAGAUUGUCUGACGGAGAAAUGUAAUGGCGCCAUUGGGAUGGGUGGUAAUUUGUUGGGUCUCCUUUCGGCUGCCGUCACCUUGAUAAUUGUCGUGGUGGGCAAGCAUGUCAGUGUUUAAACGUUUUCAGCGGAAUGGUGGCUAAAUAAUUUACGAAAUGUAUACUUUAUGUGGAGCAGCACAAGAAAAUUAAAACACAAAAAAAAAAAACGAUGGAAACUAAAUAGUAAUCCUCCCUCCCUCCAAACCUCCCCCUCCUACACACCUAAUAACUUCCGUAAUUACAAUUAAGCCAACCAAAAAAAAAAAAUGAGUGGAUUUAUUCUUUUAUAAUUAUUUUGUGAUAUUUUUGUUGUUAGUCACUUGAUUUAAUCUAAUUUUAAGAAUUAAUUUAUUAAGUAGUUAGUACGCAAAUUAAUUUAAUGAUAUAUAGUUUUAAAAAGUAUGGGAAAUAUACAGCUAUGUCCACGAUUUCCGAUCAAUUGAAAACAGUCACUUGUGUAAUUGUAUUUUCUUCUCUAAAAAGUUUAUUUUUUUAAUAUUAAUUAAUUUAAAUAAAUAUAUUUAUUUUUACACAGUUUUGUUCUGUGAUCUUAAUUUUAGCUUUAUUUUAUCUAAGAAUGAGAACUUUAGAAGUUAUAUUUUAAAAGUAAAUAAGUCAAAAUUUAUAUAAAAAUUAAUUUUCAAAAUUUAAAAAAAAAAAUAUUAACAAAAAAUUUCUUAAAUUAUAAAAACCGAAACAAAAAUCCGAUUUUCAAAAUGUUAAUGGAAAAGUUUUAAAGAAGAGAAGCUUUUGACAAACUGCCUUAAGUUCGCCUUGAUAUUAUUUUAUACCUAAGAUUUAAAAAUAUAUUUUAUAAGCAUCUAUUUCGCCAUAUUUGUAAAUGUUCAAUGUACACAAAUACAUAAUUAAAUAAAUUAACAAGAAAAAAACAACCUUCGAAAUAUGACAGAAAAAAGAAAACCAAAUAAAGUUACUUUAAAACC